UGCAAAGCCAGAAGAUCUGAUCUCAGGUGCCAUUUCAAGAAUACCCGUGAAACAGCCCAUGCUAUCCGUAAGUUGCCUUUAAUCAAGGAUAAGAGAUACUUGGAAGAUGUUUUGGCUCAUAAGCAAGCCAUCCCAUUUACCUGUUUUUGUCGCGGAGUUGGGCGUACUGCACAUGCAAAAAACCGUCAUUCUAAUGGUCAAGCGCGUUGGCCUGCAAAGUCUGCGAAGUUUAUCCUUGAUUUGCACAAAAAUGCUGAGAGUAACGCAGAGGUCAAAGGGUUGGAUGUGGACGCCCUUCACAUCUCUCACAUUCAGUUGAACCGAGCCCAGAAACAGAGACGUCGUACAUACCGGGCACAUGGAAGAAUUAAUCGUGACGUAGUUGUCAAAAGCGCAAAAGGCGCGCGCCUAGGCGCUCGGGCGCAGCAAAGCGAGCCAAUAGCGCCUGGUGGUAGCCUAGACGCAAAAAUGGGCUUUUUCUGUAAAAACAGUGGUCAGGCGCAAAAGGCGCGCGCCUAGGCGAGGGGCACAGUGAAAAAAACAAGCAAAAACGACCAGAAAAAAAACAAGGGCAGAUUCACUAAAAAAGAGUGCAAAAACAGACCUCACCGCGGGCCCGGUUUUUUGGAGCUGCAUUCGUGUCUGUGGGACGUGCGGGCAUGCACGAGUUCAACUAAAUUUCAGUUCAGAAACUCAUUUCGGAGCUGCAUUCGUGUCCAGAGAGGCUCGAUUCUUCAUUACAAGGUGUUUUGUCAUGUUUUCCUGUUUUUAUACGGUCUUUUAAAAAUGGGGAAGUGGAAAAUCCGCCUUUUUUGAUUGCUGGAGCAACAGGUUCAAUUGUUGGUAGCACUGGAUUGCGUGAAAAGGCUACUAAUAUUAUCCACGUCGCCUGCAAAUACUUGCUUGAGAAAAAAUCAGAUGACAGCAUUCUUUUGUUACUCCUUAUUCGUGUUAUUGAGGCUUUGGGGACUAUGGUAAUGUAGAUUGCAUUACUGCAAUCAUUUUGACCUCAUAAAUCAUUUCAUUAAAACAUUAGAGUAAAAUGCCAU